AUGAGACAGCUUACGGAGGAGGAAACAAAAGUUGUUUUUGAGAAAUUGGCUGGUUAUAUCGGCAGAAAUAUAUCGUACUUAGUGGAUAACAAAGAACAACCGCAUGUUUUCAGAUUACAGAAGGAUAGAGUAUACUAUGUGCCGGAGAACGUUGCCAAAUUGGCCACAUGUGUAGCGAGACCAAACCUGAUGUCAUUGGGCAUCUGUCUGGGCAAAUUCACGAAGACAGGCAAGUUCAGAUUACAUGUUACGUCCCUUACGGUGCUAGCACAAAACGCCAAGUAUAAAGUUUGGAUAAAACCCAAUGGUGAGAUGCCAUUCUUGUAUGGUAAUCAUGUUCUGAAGGCUCACGUCGGUAAGAUGUCCGACGACAUCCCGGAGCAUGCCGGUGUGAUCGUCUUCUCGAUGAACGACAUCCCAUUGGGGUUCGGCGUCAGCGCGAAGAGUACCAGCGAGGCACGGAAUCUGCAGCCAACUGGUAUUGUUGCAUUCAGACAGGCCGAUAUUGGCGAGUAUCUAAGAGAUGAGGACACGUUGUUUACUUAA